UCGUUUGUACGCCUAUUUGUAUGUUUGUAUCUCGUCCUGAUUGACUUGUGAGGACCCGUGUCUUACCAAAUUAUAAUCUCAGAUACUUUCACAGCUGUUAACUUAGAGCCUAUGUUACAAUUCGGAAGAAUUUUAAUUUGGACAAAGUUUUACCAUUUUUAUAAAUUCUGUGUAUUUUGUGUGGGUGUAUAUGUAAUGUUUACAAAAUUGUGAAAAAAAAUCUUUAAAUCUAUAUCUUUAUUGCCUACGAAAUGUAAUCUGGUGAAUUAGUUGUGAUUUCUAGCAUUCCAAGCGACUUAUUGUUGCGAGGUUACAAAACAUUAGAAUUCAUUUUAACUAAUGAAAUUAUUAAUAAUAAUAAUAAUAAUUGUUUCGAUUUUGGGGACAAAGCCAAGAAUUUGGAGGGGAAGGGCAAGUCUGUUACAUCGAUCCCUGUUCUCAGUUGGUACUUAUUUUAUCGACCCUGAAAGAAAGAAUGAUAAAGUCAAUCUCGGCGGAAUUUGGACUUAGAUUUUUCGAAAAAUAAUAAUUUUAAGCAAAUGAAGACACGUAAUUAUUUUAAUUUCAAACGAAUCACGUUUUAGAAGUCGGGUGGAGUCAAAGCUGGGUCGGAGUCAGACUUGAAAAAUCAGAGUAAUUUUAUAUUAAUGAUGAACAAAUCUAUGAAAUAAACAAAGACAGGAACGUAUUGUUUAGGAAGACCAUCGUAAAUAAUGUUUUUAAAUGAUCGAUCAUAAGUAUCACACAAUCAUGACUACAAGCGGGAUAAUACGUGUCACAAUACCAAUUCCUAUAAGAAAUUCUUCAGGCAGAAAGUAAAAUAAUAAUAUUACUUGAUUCUGUGUCUCAAGAUUUCCUAAUAGGAAAGUUCGUACGUGUUUAUCCAACAGACUCGAAGAAUUGGCUUCUGAAACAAGAUGGCCUCAAGCGUGGACCAAACCUUUGGAUGGGGGCUGAUGUUUCUAGCAGCCACAAUUUUCAUUUAUUAUUCCAUUUGGGUUAUUAUUCUUCCUUUUCUGGGACCAAAUCAGAAACUGCAUUCCUUCUUCCCUCCUCAGUUUUAUGCGGUGGCCUUUCCAUUGGUGUUGAUGUCCGUAGCCCUUGUGAUCAUUGGUUUAACUAUGACAGUUAUUAUAGUCAGAAGUAAAUUGAAAUCAAAACCAAAAAGUAACAGAGAAUCUAUUUGGAUCAAUUAGUCAGAUGAGGUGGGAGAGAGCUGUGCCUGAGAACUCGAUGAACUUUUCAGGCCCUCCCAAUAUUGUUGUGGAUGAUGCUCAGCUUCUACUAAACACGUGGUUCUGCCUCUCGUUCUGUCAUACAAAAUUUCUGUUUUAAAGUCAUCUAAAAACUUCCCAUCAAACUUUCAUGUUAAUUUGUGUUCCAAACACCAACUU